UUGAAAAAUUAUCAUUUACUGCCACUGUUUCAUUAUUAUGAUCUCAUUUUCUGCAUAAUUUUGUUUAUUUCGUGGUGGAGAUUAUUCUGACAAAAUGGAAAUAAUGUGGCAGAAACUGUAGAUUAAAUUCAAAAUGCUACUUGAAUCUUGAAGUUCUACUUUACAAAUUUAUCAUCUUCUACAAUAAGUAUGAAUGAAUACAACGACGAACCAAUUGACAUCAGUCCUGAUGGCGAAGUGUACACGAUGCUGGCGCAGAAUGAGGGCGCCCAGAACGAGGGCACGGGUCAGGAGAGCGACGUGUACAGCAUGCUGGCUCAGAAGGAGAGAGAUCUGAUCCUAGCUGCCGAACUCGGCAAGGCUCUGUUGGAGAAAAACCAGGAGCUGGCCAUCCGCCACCAACAGCUCAUUGAAGAAUAUUCACAGAAAAUUGAGCAACUGGAGCAGGAGAAGCAUGAGCUGCACCUGCGUAUUGAGAAGAUCGAGCGCGAGUACGAGAACACUGUGAAGGAGCUGCAGUACGACAUCUCGCAGCUGAGGCAGGAGCUGUACACCAGCAAGAUGCACUCCGCUAUGAGCGAAAAGGAGCACUCCCAGCUCAUCCGCGAACUCACGCAGCACAAUGAGAAACUCACCGAGCAAGUCAGACAGGCGAGUAUCCGUGAGGAACAGCUGGAAAACAAGGUCCACUCUAUGAGACAGCAGAUGUCUUCACGGCGGUCAUCGAUGCAUGAACAUGUCAGUCAGCUCGCCAUCCUCAGAGAGGAGGUCCAGCUGCUGAUGAACAAGAAGGCUGAGCUGGAGCGUCGUAUCGGCUUACUGUCGGAGGAGAAGGAGAGUUUCGCGUGCAGUCUGGAGGAGUCGCACGAACGCAUCAUGAAGUUGGAGAGACAGAGGCAGGAGAAAGACCAGGCAAUAAUGAAGCAAGGUGGUGAGAUUGCCGAGCUCCAGGAGGCAAACGCUCUGCUGCAGGCAGAGAUCGACAGUCUGUUUGACAAACAGUCGAAUCUGUGCUAUGCCCAGGCAGGUCAAAGUUCGUGCACCGAGACAAACACUGAGGACCAGCCGCAGACAUUGUUCAGCGAGCUCACUCAACUCUCGGGCAUGACCAUGUCACAGGAGAAUGCCACAGAAUUAGGAUUGAGUCGUUGGUCGAGAUCCUACCAGGUGUUUGAUGAGGAGGAAGAGGAGUUUGAGUGUGAUGAUGACGACCAGUUUUCUAUUCCAAUGGGGAAACUGGCCUCGUCAUCCAUGAUCUCCGAGACGGACUUCAUCUCCGAGUUCCAGCAGGCCGCUCAGAAACACUUCGACUCCGAAGAGGAGGUCCAGAUGAAGGACGAGGUGAUGUAUGUGUACAAACAUCUCAAGAAGAUGAUCCGCACAAUCCGCGGCCAGAGUACCGGCUCUAUCGAGUCUCUGGAGGAGGAGAGCGCGGACAAGGGAGCUAGGACAGGUCAGCUUAAAUCAACGUUUUCAGAACUCCAGCACCUCAUGCAAGAUGUCAUCAUAUCAGACAUGACCCAAGAGCCGGCGGCGGUCGACGAGUCGUCAUUUUUCUCAAUGGAGAUGAUGCAGAAGAACAUCAACGAGCUGGAGAUGGAGCUGGACAUGACGCAGCGCCACCUGCAGCACGUGCAGGCCGAGAUGGCCGCCCGCGAGGACCAGACACACGACAAGGACACAGAGUUCAUGGCCAUGGUCGAGAAGGUACAGACAGCCUAUGCUGAGCUUCAGCACCAGCAGGAGAAGUUUGUCCAGCUCCAGUCCGAGCGAGAUGAACUUCUGAACGGCAUGUACGCUGAUAUUGCAAAGGACGAAAUCCUAGCGCAGACGAGAAAGGACCGCGAUGAAGCUAUUGAGAGAGGUCACCAGUUGGAGAUGGAACUAGCGAAGGCCAAACACGAUUUGAUGACGCUCAACUCUCAGCUCGUCGACUCGAUGCAGCACAAAACAUACAAGUCAAGCCAAAUAAACAAGUGGAAGGAGAACAUGCAAGAUGUGCUGCACUACCAGAUGCACAACCGACUGCGGCACAACAAACACAAGAACAAGAUGGAGAGCAGAGGGCAGGACGAAAUGAAGAAAUCCAAGUCGGCAUCAUCUCUUCCGAGUGGCAGGAAAACGUGACAUCAUCGAUUCUUGCUGUCCUUAGUAUUACCUCAUCGGUCUAUGUGCACGAGAUGGAAUGACGUCAUCAUCAUUACAUGUAUGUGAUUGCAACAGCUAGUAGGGUCGGUGUGAGACAGUUAAUGGUGUACACUACUAAUGUUAUUUAUUUUAAAAAUUAGCAAUAUUUAAAGAGUUAUAAUUACAUGUGUAAACAGAUAAUGUGUUACUGGUCCCUUGUUAUCAUUGUUAUUGUUAAACUAUUUAUUUAUACCCACUACUCCAGGCUAAUUGUUGUGUGUUGUAAUAUGCAGUGAAACCCCCCAUAAGCAGGACACUCAUUCGACCACAUAAAAGAUCCAGUUUAGGGGUGUCCGGUCUAGAGAGGUUCUGUACUGAUAUUUAAAAAGUGACUGAAAAAUGUCUGGUUUUGUAGAAAUUGUGGUUUACUGAGGGUUCAGUUUAGAGGGGUUUGGCUGUAAUCCAUAACCUAUUCAGGUGUAACUAAAAUUAUAGUGCCUGUAAAACAGCAGAUAUUUAGGUUAUGAUCAUUCAUUCACCUAGAAUAGGUCAUUUGUUUUGAAUCUCUGCACCAUGUGACCACUGAUUAAAAUUUUAGGCUUGUGGGCAAUACAUAUGUUAAUAUUAACAACUCAGAGUGAUGGUUUUGUAUGUGAACAGUAUACUGUUUAUGUUAAUUGCUGGAGGGAGGUGAUUCACUAUGUAAGCAGUGCACUGGCUUAAAUUAAAUUGGGGACGUUUGAUUCACUAUGUAAACAGUACACCAAUUGCUGUUAAAAUGUGGAGAUUUGAUUCCAUGUUUAAACAGUGCACUGCUUUGUGUUAAAUUGGGGAGAGUUGCUUCGCUAUGUAAACCGUACACUGGUUUAUGGUAAAUGGGGAGAGUUGCUUCGCUAUGUAAACCGUACACUGGUUUAUGUUAAAAUGGGGAGAAUUGAUUCAUUAUGUAAACCAUACAUUGGUUUAUGUUAAAAUGGGGAGAGUUUAUUCAUUAUGUAAACCGUACAUUGGUUUAUGUUAAAAUGGGGAGAGUUGAUUCAUUAUGUAAACCGUACACUGGUUUAUGUUAAAAUGGGGAGAACUGAUUCAUUAUGUAAACCGUAUACUGGUUUAUGUUAAAAUGGGAGAGUUGAUUGAUUAUGUAAACAGUGCAUUGGUUUAUGUUAAAACUGGGAGAGUUGAUUCAUUAUGUAAACAGUACACUGCUUUAUGUUAAAACUGGGAGAGUUGAUUCAUUAUGUAAACAGUGCAUUGGUUUAUGUUAAAACUGGGAGAGUUGAUUCAUUAUGUAAACAGUACACUGCUUUAUGUUAAAACUGGGAGAGUUGAUUCAUUAUGUAAACAGUGCAUUGGUUUAUGUUAAAACUGGGAGAGUUGAUUCAUUAUGUAAACAGUGCACUGGUGUAUGUUAAAAUGGAGAGAAUUGAUUGGCUAGCUAUACUGUGCACUGGUUUAUGACAAAAUUCGGAGAGGUGGGUUUUUUUUGUAAAUAAUUCACUCCUUUAUGUUAAUCGACUGGGAAAGGUGGUUUCUAUUCAAACAGUGCACUGGUUUAUGUUUAACUUAAUCACUUGGCAAGGUGGCUUUGUAAACAGUGCACUGUUUUGUGUUAAAACUGGGAGAGACGAUUCACUACAGAAAGAGUACUGUUGUUGUCUAACUAGCCUUCUUACAAAUAUAUUUUCAAAAUUUACUUUAGAUUCAGAUCUAACUUAUUUUUGGUGAUGUUUUUUAUCCUAAAUUUAUUAUUUUGUUUACUUCACUGAUUUUGUUUCCCCCUCUAGUCCAUGUGUUGAAUGUGCAAUCUUUCUAAGUGCUAGUCUUGACCUAUUUCAAUUGAGAAAGUUUUUUUUCUUGUUGCCUUUACACAACUACGUUAUUAGGAUAAUCACGUUUUACUUGUUUGGCAGUUUGUCUUUUUAUCUGCCAUAUGUUGGGUUGUAUUGUGAACACCUAUCUUAUUGGUGAAAGUCUGUUCAGAUACAAUUACGGUACUUGAUGUUCAUAUUAAUUUAGUUAUUGUUUUUCAGUAUACUAUGUAAUAUAUUUUACAAUUUCACUCCAUAUUAAAAUUAGUUUUUGACCAUUAUUCGUGUAUUUAUCAAUAACCAAUCAUGUAUUAUGCCAGAAACAAUUAGUAUAAACACUGUAUCAUUGCUGUAAUACAAUUUAAAACAAUCCUCUCAAACAUUUCUCUAACCCAAAAAACCAACCUUUUGAUGAUGUCGGCCUAUUGUAAUUACUCCAAACGUGAUUUUGUCUUGAUGUUACAGUAAUAAGUACUGUAGUGAUCUGUUAUUUUGUUCAUGGUCAUUUGUAUGUUCAACAUCAAUAGCAAUUGUGGGGUAGAAUAAAAUGGAAAAGUGUAUAAUUGGGGAUAUACAAACAUGUACUUCAAUAAUAUUUUGAUUAUUUUUUAUAAUUGGUAAUUUUUAUGUAUUACAUUCCUAUAACAUGCAAAACACAUACUACAGUCUAUCCCAGACAUGCACAUCCUUCCAUCAUUCCAAAUAUUUCUAGUAUCCCACACACUACAUUUCAUAUAUUUACCUUAUUCUUCUAACAUGCUAUCCUAAAUAGCACAUGUUUCUAUUAUCCAUGAUUUUUCCAGUAUCACACACACUACAUGUCAUAUGUUUACCUUAUUCUACUAACAUGCUAUCCUAAAUAGCACAUCCUUCCAUCAUCCCUGAUUUUUUCAGUAUCACACACACUACAUGUCAUAUGUUUACCUUUUUCCAGUAAUUUGCUAUCCCAAACAAGCACAUCCUUAAUCAUUCCUGAUGUUUCCUGUAUCACACACACUACAUGUCAUAUGUUUACCUUAUUCCAGUAGCAUGCUAUCCUAAAUAGUAUAUCCUUCCAUCAUUCUUGACCUUUCCAGUAUCACACACACUACAUGUCAUAUGUUUACUUAUUCCAGUAACAUGCUAUCCUAAAUAGUAUAUCCUUCCCAUCAUUAUUGACCUUUCCACUACCAUACUUACGGAACUACAUGUUUACCUUAUCCCAGUUCCAAUUUACAAAUUAUAGACAUGCAAGUCUUAUCGUUUUUAUCCUACAUGUAUUUGAACCAACUGUCUGUGUUGUUAUUUUAUGUUUAGAUUUGUGUGAAAUGCUUAUUUAGAUCUCUUAUAUCAUAGCACACUCCUCUCACAUGCAGUCAGACCUUUCAAUGUAUCCCAUAAUUCACGUCGAACUACGCCUUUAUUUUGAAAUCCUGACUGUACAUUUGGUUCACCAUUUAUGACUGAUGCUUAUCUCUUCCUUAUCUCCAAACAGUUAUUCCAUAAAACCAUAAAUAAAAUGUGUUGAGUGCGUUGUUAAAUAAAACAUUUCCUUCCAGUCAUUGUUCAAUGUAGUGUCCUGGGGAUGUAAAACUGAGCAUGUGCAAGUUUUAAUAAGUAAACUUAUUUUAAUUUUAUUUGUGAUUCGCACAACAUAUACAUAUGUUGGAUGGCACAUAGGAUUGAUUGUCUACAGUUCUUCCCAGCUUCCAUGAAUAGUAUUUUUUGUAAAUAAUUUCAGUUUCAUUUCACACAAAAAAAAAGAGAAAAAAAAGCAGAAGUGUUUUGGAAAAAAACAAAAAAACACUAUUUUUGUGUGCAAUUUAAAAAACAAUCGUUUAAAAAUAAAUAGAUUAUAGUGCAUACAAAAUGAUGCUCACUGCUGGGAAAGACUAUUAUAGUAUUUCGUUUGCUGUACAAAUGAGGUAGAAAAGCUAGUCAUUUUAACAAUGUAUUUCAUAUUAAAUUGUCAAUCUAUUGAGCACUGGUGUGCAGAAGUGUUUUUCUCAUUGCACUUAUGUUUGACUUACGUUUAAGAACUAGGGAUAGGUUUUAAGCAGGCUUUUUUCUCUUUUUAGUUUUGUGUUAAAAUUGGGAGAACAUACUAUAAAAAGAGCAGCGCUAUGCAUGUGCAACUGUUUCCUGAUCCAUAUACCGUUAGCUAUUACAUGUUACUAGUAUGUAUUGACAUUUUUAGGGAAUUUUUCUUGCAUAGAAUGGGAUAGAAUUUUUGUUAUAAACACAAAAAUGCUUAGUUGAUAAUUAAUCAGUGUACUAAUACAAUUCUAAGUAUUAUAUAUAUUUCCACACAUUGUUAUAUUGAUUUUAUUUCAAUGAAUAUAUUUUAUAUAUAGUUCUGUGUUUUAUUGUAUAUUGAUGAGUUUUUAGCUAGAACCAUGUUACGUUUGUUUCAUUGAUUUACACUGAAACCCAAAAUGGCCAUCCCUACCCCUCACUUUUUCAUUUCAGUGCGGUGUUCCUAUGUUGGUCUCAUUGUGACUGUUAUAGUUUAGUCUCAUUGUGACUGUUAUAGUUUAGUCUCAUUGUGGCUGUUAUAGUGUUGUCUCAUUAUGGCUGUUCACAUUUAAGUCUCAAUGCAGUGUUCAUAUUUGUCUCAGUGCAGUGUUCAUAUUUUUGUCUCAUUGUGGCUGUUAUAUUUCAGUCUCAUUUUGAUUUCCUCAUAUUUCAGUCUUAUUGUGGCUAUUCAUAUUUCAAAAUCAUUGUGGAUGUUAACAUUUUAGCCUCAUUGUGGCUAGUCAAUUUCUAUUUCUUUCAACAUCACCUGUCCUCAAACUAAAACCAAAUCAGCGAAGGAAAAAGAAGGAAGUUACAGUCAUGUGACCGGAACAAGAGGGAGCAUACAGUAGAAGAAUUUUAGGCCAUCCCAUUGGCUGUUGGGAUGUUCGGACCAGACUACUAUCCAAUGGGGAAUAUACACUAGUUUGAGGACAGGUGAUGUAUCUAUAAAAGAAAAAACACCUCAAGUUUUCUCCAGUUUCAUUUGGGCUUAUAUUUCAGUUUCAGUGUUGUGUUCUUAUUUCAGUCGCAUUGUGGACAGUUCACAUUUCAGUCUUGGUUUUGGCUGUUCACAUGUGAGGCUUGCUUUGUCCGUUAAAGUAUGCCAAGUGCAAUACAUAUUAUAAAUCUGGCAGACAUAUUGUUUCCUUAUUUAUUAUCAUCUUUGACCUAGUGCUAUUUAAUGUGAACACCAAAGAUGCUCACUUUUCCAUAUUUGUCAUGUGCUCAUAUGACUGGUGGACAUGUUUUUUGUGUCCAGCUGCAAGUUUUAAAUCAAUAGAAGCAGUUUUGUUAGCCAUUUAUUAAAUAUACUGCAAAUCCUUGAAUAGAGGCCUGGUCUUAGAGCAUUGUGGAGAAAAAAUAGAGGCCUGUCUUGAAUAGAGGCCUGCCUUGCUUAAAGGCCUGUUUAUACUUUUGUAGCUUUGUGGUGUUAAUGGACACAUUAUACUCAUCAGUCUUGUUGCAUAACGAGAACAACAGGAAAGGAGAAGGAUUUUUUAUUUUCAGUGAGGUAAGACGUUCCUUCGGGUACAAAAAAGUUUGAAAACCUACAUUAAAAGAUGACCGUAUAGCAAUGUUAUGUUAGAAAAUUUUGACUGAAAAUAUAAAAGCAAGCCUUGAAUAGUGGCCAAGUUUUAGAGCAUUGUGAAAAAUAUAGAAGCUUAGGUUUCUAUUCAAGGAUUAACAGUAAGUAAUAUUUUGCCAGCUAGUCUGAACUGUUAUAUAUUCAGGUUGAACUUCUUUACCGUAUAUGAUUUUUUUAUUUUUAUGACUAUACAUAUUUUAUUAUACAUACUUUAGCAUAGCCAAGUUAUAGUUUGUAUGUUAGAUUCAUCUACAUUGGUCAACUAAUGUGACUGUAAAACCUUAAUUCCAGUAGUGUGACUGUCGUCUUCACAUCAGGAUCUCUCUCAUGUUAUAAAUAAACAAAAAACUGCACCAAUGUUAAACAGGUUAAACUGGUGGACUGGUUAUCGUACAGACAAACUGUUGGAUGAACCAGUGGUUAGGUUAUGGUACUGCUGUCUGAUUGGCUAAACUGAUUAACUGAUUGGCUGAACCAUUGAACUGGUAUUGAUACCGACUGAUCAUGAUACUACUUUACUCAUUAUGCUAUUGGUGAACAGAUAAUUAUGAAGUAAUCAUUUAUUCUUUAUGUAGCAUAGCACAUCCACUGACAAUGUGUCCUUCCCUCCCCACCUCCCAUAUUUGUGCUCCCAAGACAUUUGAUUACAGAAUUGUUUUGUUAAGACAGCUCUUGACUGUUGUUUUUACUUCCCUCUCCAAGUAUCUAGGUUUACCAAGACCACUGUCUUAAGAACUAGCAAAGCAUCAGUUUGUAUCUCUCAUGUGUCAUUCUGUAAUCUCAGUUGGCAUCACAACAAUUUUCUUCUAUCAAAAUAAAAUAUUUCUUUUACUUGAAUUUUAAUAUUUUCAGUUUUGUAUAUGGUCUUCUCUCCUUUUUUCUUCUUUUUUCUGUAUAGUAUGACCUUUACAUCUAUGUACUUACACUUUUUUCUAAUGAUAUUCAUUUUUGUGGUUCCUUUACUACUUUGUUCAUCUUGUGUAUUUGUCCUAACCUCCAACACUUGACAGCAGUUUUUGGUGUGUAUUGAACAAUUGCCCUCUUGAACCAUUUGUGUUGUGUGUACAAUUACCCUCAUAAACCUUUUGUGUUGUGGGUACAAUUACCCUCAUAAACCAAUUAUUGGUGUGUGUUGUACUUGUACUCCUGUCAUUGUUGGUGUGUAUUGUGUAAUGUUAUCCAGUGCAGCAGUUUAUGUUGUUCAUUGUGCAUAGUAACUUCAUCAGAUCACACUCAUAGUGUUAACUACUUACUUCAGAAUUCAAUUUACAGUAUUAGCAAAGCAUCUAAACAAGGUAACUUUUGAAGUUUUUGGUGAAUACUAGUAUUUUAUGGAAAUGUUAGACACUAAUAAAAUCAAGUCUGUUUUGUUUUUGUUUUUUUACUGUUAUUUUUUAUUUUUAAUGUGGGGUUGGGGGGUUUCUUAAUUAGAUUUGUUUUGUGGGGUGUUUUUUAUUGGCUUUUUUGUUGUUGUUGGUUGAGGUUUUUUCAGAAUGAUCUAACUGCAUACCAAAUCAUUAAACCAAAUUAAUAUUAAAGGUGCUUGUUCAUCUUACAGCAUUGUAUUGAUACUUCUGUUGCAAGCUGCAGGUGUUGUUUGUGUUAUAAUAUUCAUUUCUGUAUGUCCUGUGUGUUCUUGCUUGGCCUAAUGUUUAUAGAACCUAAAUACACUGGUUCACUAUCACUUGGCACAUGCCAUACGUUGAAUGAUUCUUCAUUUGUGGAAGUACUACUUACUAAUAAAUAACAGGGUAUUUGACAAUUCAACCACACAAAAACCAUCUGUUACUGGCCCCGGUUGGACUGCUGGUGCUCGCUUGCACCUGCCAGUACAGGCGGUCCCCCCUCCAACCCACCCCACCCCUUUCCUGUCCUGGACGGAGGAGCCGGCCAAGGCCGGUACCUGUGCCCAGAACAGGCGUAUGCUACAACAGCUUGCUCUGAAUGUGCACGUUAUUCACUCUGACCUGACCUGACCUGACAAUUCAAAAUUGUUUGAUCAUGGACAUAAGCAUUUAUUAGUUCCCAGGCAUUGUUUGAAAAUCUCAUUUUAACACAACUUUGUAUGGAUUCAAAAAGUAAAUAGGCAACAAGAUUAUAAAACGUUUGAUAUUUUAGGUAAGAAACUGUUACUGUACAAUGGUCAAGAGACUUGUAGUGUCGGCAUCCGUACGUAGUAGCAUGAAAACAAGUUUAUCAGUAUUUAAGAUCAUGAUCAACUGAAGUGUUCUCAUUUGACACACAUGAUGAAUUUCUAAAAACCAGUAUCAGAAAUGCUGGUGCAUGUUGUACGAAGACUACUUUUCAGAACAUUACAACAACCAAGAACACUUUAGGUGCACAGAAAUGAAUAGUUUAAGCAAGAAACUGCACAUGGCACCAAGAACUGUCAUACAAUGUUUAUAGAAGAUUUUGUACCUUUAACACAAUUGACCUCAUAAAUAUACUUCUCACAAAAAAUUAAGCAAUUAACCAUGUUUGUCGUCGUCCCCCCCCCCCCCCCCCCCCCCUCCAUCGUUCCAACUUUAUAUCGACUUGUUUUUAAAUUAAAUUCAAUUCAAUUCAAUUAUAUAUUAUAAACGUCGGUGCCAUAAAUUGAAACAAAAAUGGACAUCUGUCUCAUUGCAAUUGCAAUAAAACAAAUUAUAUGAUAUAAUGUCAAUCAAAAAUAGGUUAAUUGUUUAGGGAAGUAUAUAUUGAUCAAAAGUCAUGGUACGGCUGCAUGUCAUUGUUUCAGUGUCGUGUUUGCUUGCAGUGUGUGCUUUGUGUUGUAUUUUAUAGAACAAGUUUACAUUUACAAUUAUAGUACUUUGACUUCAGUUUCUGUGAAGUUGUGUUGUAUACACACGUGACAUUCCUUGCCGUUACACGGCAGUUUACAAUGAUCUAAGUUAUGCUUUGUGUAUCCAUCAGCGUGUCUCAUGCAAAACGAGCUCCUUGUGCGGAGAAACUUGUCAAAUAAAAGUAACAAGUCGUA